AGCGCGCAUCCCUCCCUCCCUCCCUCCCUCCUCUGCGCUCCUGAUCCUCUUAUCCACUGAAGAAGCGGAUAAAGAUGGAUGUAGUCAACCAGUUGGUGGCCACUGGGCAGUUCACUGUCAUCAAACAGCCGUUAGGAUUCAUCAAGAUCCUACAAUGGUUUUUCGCCAUCUUUGCUUUCUCCACCUGCGGCUCUUACUCCGGAGUCUUCCGCUUGAGUGUGGAGUGUAAGAACCGCUCGGAGAGUGACCUGGACAUCGAUGUUGAGUUCUCCUACCCAUUCAGACUCCAUCAAGUGUGGUUUGACGCGCCCUCAUGUAAAAGUCCCGGGCCGGAGCGCCUGUUCCUCGAAGGUGACUACUCUUCCUCGGCUGAGUUCUUUGUCACUAUCGGGGUUUUCUCCUUCCUCUACUCUAUGGCAGCUCUGUCCGUCUACAUCUUCCUUCUUGAAAAAUACCGUGAGGGAAACCGUGGUGCACGGAUCGAUUUUGUGGUGACGGCUAUUUUCACCUUCUUUUGGUUGGUGAGCUCAUCAGCAUGGGCUAAAGGCCUCUCGGAUGUUAAGGAAAACACCGACCCUGAUGAGGUUAUCAAGUUAAUACCAGCAUGUAGGCAUGAGGAAAACCGCUGUAAAGAAGUGCACGAGCCCAUUGUUUCUGGUCUAAACACGUCUGUGGCGUUUGGCUUCUGUAACCUGGUGCUAUGGGCAGGCAACCUCUGGUUUGUGUUUAAGGAGACUGGCUGGCUCGGUGCUUUUGCUGGCACCUACGUGCCCUCGGGAGGAAAACAACCAGCACCAGACACCUACGGCCAGGCUGGUUAUGGUCAGGACCCUUAUGCUGGCUCCCAGGGCGGGUAUCAACCCGACUACGGGCAACAAGCGGGCGGAUACGAGGGAGGAAGCUAUAACCAGGGAGGAUAUGAUCAGGGUGGACCGACCUCCUUCUCUAAUGAAAUAUGAGUAAAUUCACACAGAACAGCAGCUCUGCGCAGAGCACAGGAGAGAGUGGUUAUAUAACCAAGGAGAAAGGAGCCUGCCUAUUACCCAUGAUCCCACACUCCUCUGUUACCCUGUAUGAACAACGUGUGUACAGUCUGAGGGAGGGAGGGAGGGAGGGAAAGAAGGGAGGGGAGGGUACAUGUGGGAAUUUGGGACAGGGACGUUCAUCAUAUCCAGUGGGAAAUGUGCUUGUCUAAGAGAAACAAAAGGCUGUAAACUAAACAAAUUUUUUUUUUCCCUUGUUGUCGAAUUCUCUGCGGGAGACAUUGACGAAAUGUCUAUUUUAUUAAAGACCAAAAAAAAAAAAAAAAAAAAGAA